AUGUUGCAGCAUGGGUUUUCAGCUUUGGGUCAAUGUACCGCCAGCCAAUUUGGCGCAACUAUCUCCCUCCUCGCAUUCUUUGCAGCGGUUGGAAGUCUUGACUUGUACUUGCUUUUUGGUGAGCAAAGUAUCAUCACUGACCGUUUCCGAAUUUCAAGCAGUACGAAUGUUGUUGGACUGCCUGAUAUCCCCAUGCCCAUGAGCUUUCGAUGGAAGUUCAUGGGUUUGAGCCUGGGCAAUAUCUUGACGUGUAUUCUCUUUGAAUACAUUGUUGUGCUAGGCCCUGUACGCUCCUACUUUCGCAACAAGUAUCACAUUGAUUUGAUUCCAAUGAAGAAAUAA